AUGACGGCGGAUCCCAAGACGGGUCUGGUCCUGGGCUACGACGGCGCGCACCCCUUCAGCCGCGUGGACCUGUCGUCGGGCUCGCGGGCCUCGGUGCAGGAGCUGCUGCGGGCGCUGCUGGACCCGCUCGAGCCCUUCUUCUCGCCGGCGCGGGCGCGCGUGCGCUGCCCAGGCGCCACGGCCGUACGCUUCGACCAGACGGCCAGCGAGGUCGAGGGCCUGUGCCGCCCGCUCUGGGGGCUCGCGUGCCUGCUGGCCGGCGGCGGGGACUACGACCGGACCAGGCUCUGGGUCGAGGGCGUCAAGGCCGGCACGGACCCGGAGAACAAGGAGUUCUGGGGAUACCCGAGGGACAAUGACCAGCGGAUGGUGGAGAUGUGCCCGUUAGGGUUUGCGCUCGCCGUCGCCCCCGUCUUCUGGGACUCCAUGUCAGCAAAGGAGAAGGAGAACAUGGAGACGUGGCUGGGCAACUCUAUCAACGAGAAGAACAUGCCCAACACCAACUGGCUCUGGUUCCGCGUCUUCGCCAACCUGGGCCUCAAGAAGAACGGCGGGCGCUUCUCGCAGGACCGGCUCGACAGCGACAUCCGGCACCUCGACACCUUCUACCGCGGCGGCGGCUGGUCCAACGACGGGCCCGAGGGCAUCCACCAGAUGGACUACUACUCGUCCAGCUUCGCCAUCCACUUUUUGCAGCUGCUGUACGCCAAGCUGGCGGGAGACGAGGACCCGGAGCGCGCGGCCGAGUUCAGGCGGCGCGCGCGCGUCGCGUCCCUGGACCUGAUCCACUACUACGACGCCGAGGGCCGCGCCAUCCCCUUUGGCCGCAGCGUCGGCUACCGCUUCGCCAUGGUGUCCUUCUGGGGCGCGCUCGCCUACGCAGACGUCGACCUGCCCGAGCCCCUGACGUGGGGCAUGGUCAAGGGCGUGGUGCUGCGCCACCUGCGCUGGUGGCAGACGCAGCCCGACAUCUGGAGCCCCAGCGGCACCCUGACCAUCGGGUACUCGUACCCGAACAUGUAUAUGGCCGAGAACUACAACAGCCCUGGAAGCCCGUACUGGGCCUGCCUGGCCUUCAUCUGCCUCGCCGUGCCCGAGACCCACCCCUUCUGGACGUCCGAGGAGGAGCCGUACCCGCAGGACCUCCUGCCCAAGGUCAAGGCGCUCGAGUAUCCAGGCCACAUCAUGAGCUACCUGGGCGGGCACCGCAUGCUCCUCUCGUCGGGCCAGGCCUGCAGCUACCCGAUGAAGGGUACGCACGCAAAGUACGGCGGCUUCUGCUACAGCAGCGCCUACGGCUACUCCGUCCCUCCCGGCCUCUUCACGCUCGAGCAGUACGCCCUGGCCGGGCAGCUGGGCCUCUCGGACGACGGCGGCGAGUUCUGGAAGGCGCGCCGCAAGUCCGAGUACGCAGCCGUCGAGCAGCGCGGCGGCGGCGACGGCGACGACGACGACGGGGGCCCCGUACUGGUCUCGGUCUGGAAGCCCUUCCCGGACGUGACGGUGCGCACGACGCUGGUGCCGCCGACCGAGGCGGCGCCCAACUGGCACCUGCGCGCGCACUGCAUCGACGCCGCCGGGCGCGAGGUCAUGACGGCCGACGGGUCCUUCGCCGUCCGCAACGAGCGCGCAGCCGACGGCCGCCUGAUGGCCGACUACGACGCCGCAACGUGCGAGGGGACCUUCCCGCGCCUGAUCGGCAACUACGACGUCGGCACCCCCGCCGGGUGGGCAUCGGGCGCCGAGGGCGCCUUUGCGGUCUCGCCCGUCGCCGGCGCCGUGGGCAUCCGGGCCGUCGAGGGCGCCGGGAGGGCCGGGGUCGAGGACCGGAGGGCCAUGAUCGUCAACGCGGACCCAAACUCGAACCUGGUCGAGAGCCGGUCCGCCAUCCCGACGCUGCAGCACACGAUCCGCAAGGGCGCCAAGGUCUGGUACGUCUCGGCCGUCUACGCCAAGCCCGCCGGCGCGGGCGUCGCGCCCGAGUCGUACCUCGACGGCUGGGACAAGCCGCCGCAGCUGCCCGCGUGGCUCAAGGCCGAGAUGGGUAUCUGA